AUGCAUAUCCGCUCGCUCGCCUCUGUGGCCUUUGUGGCCUUCGCCGCCCAGGCUUUCGCGCAACAGACCAAGGUCUUCAAGCGCAGCAUCACUACUGGAAGGGAUUUGGGUCUCAUGCGCCGCGCCGACGACGGUUACCAACCCGCUGAUGAAGUCUGCAACAAGGGUGGUAACACCUGCGCCGAGGCCUGCGGAAACGGUUAUGAGCAGUGCAAGUCCACGGAUCAGGCUGUCCACUGCUUCAACCCGGCCGCCGGCGAGACAUGCUGCUCAACCACCAGCGGAAACUCCUGCUUGGCCUCUUUCUAUUGCACACACAGCAGCAACACGGAUACGACCUGCUGCCCCAACGGCAUGAACUUAGGCGACUGCGCCGCCAAUCACGGCGUUAGCGGUGCCCUCACCUCCGAUCCCCCGGUUGUAGCGAGCACCUCUGUUCCUCCCACCACCACCAGCAAGAGUAGCACCGUUCCCCCCACCACCAGCUCGACGCCGGCACCGCCCACCACCACCUCGUCCUCGAUUGUUAUUGUCACCACCAGCAGCACUCCCGCCCCUUCUUCCACCCUCGCCUCCUCCACGUCCGAGGUCCCUAGCACUACCGAGCUCACCGCCGAGAUCUCAACCACCUUUGCUCCUAGCGCUGGCACCAGCACAGCCUUCGCCUCAAGCAACGGCACCACCUUGGCCACGACGUCGACUCGCUCUAGCGCGAGGAGUACCGUUUUCCCUUCGUCGGCAACUACCCCGGCGUCCGCCCCCAACCAAAACGCCGGAAGUAGCAACGGGCCCGCCGGCAUGGCCGUCCUUCUCGGUGCUGCCUUCGCUGCUGCCCUGCUCUGA